AUGUGGAUAGGGAAGAUUGGCAAUAAGUCGGCCGCCUUUAUUAACCACAAGGAAUUUCACCCAGGCAACUUUGAAAACCUGGAAAAAGUAUGGAUCGCAGAGGAAAAGCACCAGCGAGAGCUCAAGCGCCAGAAGGAGAUGUUAGAGAAGAGAGAGGAGGAGAUUAAACUUCGUCAAAUUACUAAUGACCUGAGGCAGCAGGAACAACGCCAACUCCUAAGAGAAAUCAGAAGAAGGGAACAGGAAAUUGAUGAGGAACACUCCGAGUAUAUCAAAGUCCUCCAAGAAAGAUCGUUCACUUCGGGCGAGGUUGUUAAUAGCGAGAAACGUAGCAGGCAGCAAGCUAGAGUCUGGGCUAAGUCUAAAUACAAGGAGAACAUAAUGCCUAACAACCAUUCAUCGGUAUAUGGUAGUUGUUAUGAUAAGGUUAACGACCGAUGGGGAUAUAAGUGCUGCGAAUCAUAUGACAAAAACUCAGCCUGUUCUAACUUUAUCGCAAAACCCACGGAGAUUAAGAAGAAGAAACGGAAGGAGGUGAGACACAUGACUGGUUUGGCGCAGACGUUGGGUAGUUUGAUUUCGUUACACUAG